GUGCGACGUACGGAGUGGGCUGCGUGACGGGUUUGUUUGCUGUGUUUAUAUGAAGAAGAGGAGGAAGACAUUGACGGCCAGGGCGGUUAGAAGGCGCCAGUCUCUGUAAUUCGGACAUUUUUAUGGGCAAAAUGACAAUAUUCUGAUUAAUUCAGCCUUCAAACCAAAAAGACGUCUUCUGAGGACUGAGUAAAGUGAGGUGCUUGGCUUGUAUGGCUGGUCAGCAUGCAGAAGAGUCCGGCGGUGAUAUUUAACAUAAAUCUAUUUUACAAGCACCAAAGCAGGGGCAAUUUAUGUAUAUUUAUUUUUCAAAUUUGGUCGGCGUUUUAAUAUCGUGAUCGGGAUCUGGGUUGGUUUCUCACAUUUUAAAGUGCGCUAGCUAGCUUUCUAGUCUUGCUGUGACCGUAAUUAAUUAAUUAACGGUCACAACCGGAUUUUAAUUUGAUUUUUGUAUUUUUUUUUUUUUACUUUUUGUUUUUUGCUGCGUGGGACAUAAAAUACGAAACCCCAUGCUGGCAGAAUGCUGCCGGUAAUCCGGAGAGAUGCCGGCCUGUGGCAUCAGACAAGGAGCCUGCUGUACAAGAACCUGCUGAUCAAAUGGAGGACCAAGCAGCAGAGCCUGCAGGAGCUGAUCCUGCCCCUGCUGUUAUUGGGGCUCCUGAUCUUCAUCAGCAUCCUGAACCCGCACAUCUACUACGAGGACAUCAGCACCAUGGAGCUGGACAGACACUUUUACCCCACGUUCAAGUGCCUGGGAUACACCCCUGUCAGCAACGUCACCAGCCAGAUCAUGGUGGACGUGGCCCACGAGCUGCAAAUCGACCACCUGGAGAUGUUCUCCACCGAAGAGGACCUGGAGAACGCCAGCCUGCAUGAGACGUCGAACCUGGUGGGCGUGGUCUUCCUGGAUAACAUGUCAUACCGGCUGCGUUUCCAUCACAGCCAGCUGCCUCUCCCCAGCGACUUCACCGAGUCCAUCGCCAGCUGCUUCUCCUACACUGCACACUGCCGGGCGGCAAAUUACUGGUUCACCGGCUUCGUCCGCCUCCAGGCUCUCAUCGACGCGGCCAUCAUACAGAUGCAGACGAAGAGGUCGGUUUGGAGGGAGAUGUCCGACCUGCGGGUGGUGAUGAUGGGCCAGCCCGGCUCGGUGGAGGUGCAGACCUUUCCGCACGCGCUGAUCUCCAUCUACCUGGUGCUGGCCUUCACGCCCUUCGUCUCCUUCCUCAUCGUCAACGUGGCGGCCGAGAAGGAGCGCCGUCUCAAGGACACCAUGACCAUGAUGGGCCUGUACGACUCUGCGUUCUGGCUGUCCUGGGGACUCUUGUACACAGCCCUGGUCACCGCCAUGUCCGUCCUGAUGUCCAUCAUCGCCACCUAUACCGCUCUCUUCCCCAACAGCAACUUCCUGGUUAUCUUCCUCCUCAUCUUCCUCUAUGGGAUAUCCUCUAUCUUCUUCUCCUUCAUGCUGACCCCCCUGUUCAAGAAGCCCAAGCUGGCCAGCACUGUGGGCUCCAUGCUGACCGUGCUCUUUGGCUGCCUGUCGCUCUUCACCGUGCUGAUGGAGGAUUUCCCUCAGGAGGCCGUCUGGCUGCUCUGCUUCCUCUCCCCUACCGCCUUCUCCAUUGGCGUCGCCCAGGUGGUGGAUCUGGAGGCGCGGGGGGAUGGUGCAGUGUUCUCCACGCUGGCCAACGGGCCGCACCCCCUCUACGUGCCCCUGGUCAUGCUGCUGCUGGACUGCAUGCUCUACCUGCUGCUCGCCGUCUACCUGGACCAGGUGCUGCCAGGCGAGUUCGGAAUGCGCCGGACCUUCUUCUUUUUCCUGAAGCCGUCCUAUUGGUCGAGGCACAGGAAGCGGCACGUGGAGCUGACCUCCAUGUUCGAGGGGGAGGUCAAUGGCGGUCCUGUGCUCAGCGAAUCCGUGGAGCCGGUUUCCCCCGAGUUCAGGGGCAAAGAAGUGAUCAGGAUAAACAACAUCCGAAAGAUUUAUAAAGAGAAGGACAGCACAGUGGAGGCCCUGCGAGGCUUCACUUUUGACAUCUACGAGGGUCAGAUCACAGCUCUGCUGGGUCACAGCGGCGCGGGGAAGUCCACCCUCAUGAAUAUCCUCUGUGGGAUCUGCCCGCCCACUGAAGGCUCGGUCACCAUCUACGGCUCGGCAGUGUCGGACAUGACGGACGGCGUGGCCAUGCGCAGACUGGUGGGCGUCUGCCCGCAGUUCAACAUCAUGUUCGACGUGCUCACCGUGGAGGAGCACCUGCGCAUCUUUGCUGCCAUCAAAGGCAUCCCGCCCAGCGACGUUGCCCGUGAGGUGAACAAGGUGCUGAAGGCCUUAGACUUGGAGAAGAUCAUGGAUGCCCAGGCAAAGAACCUCAGCGGGGGGCAGAAGAGAAAGCUGUCGCUGGGCAUCGCCAUCCUCGGGGACCCCAAGAUCCUCCUCUUGGACGAACCGACGGCCAACAUGGACCCCUGCUCUCGCCACCAGGUGUGGUCCUUGCUGAAGAGUCUGCGGGCCGGGAGGGUCAUCGUGCUCAGCACACACUACAUGGACGAGGCGGACAUCCUGGCAGACCGCAAGGCCAUCAUCUCCCAGGGCCAGCUGAAGUGCGUCGGAUCCUCCCUGUACCUCAAAACCAAGUGUGGGGUCGGCUACCACCUCAGGAUGUCAGUGAGCGAAGGCUUCCGGGCCGAUGCUAUCACACCAUUGGUCAGGCAGCACGUGCCCAAGGCCCAGCUGGCCCGGCAGCAGGAGGCGGAGCUUACCUACACGCUGCCCUUUGAGAGCGUCAACACCUUUCCAGACCUCUUCUCUGACUUGGACUGCCGGCCUGACCUGGGCAUCGCCAACUAUGGCGUUUCCAUGACUACUUUGGAGGACGUCUUCCUGCGGCUAGAAGCGGAAGCAGAAGCGGACGUCGAUAGAGCAGACUACAGCGUGUUUAACCAGGAGCCCGGAGAGGGCGAAGGUGACGCCGCCUCCCUGGACGACAUAGACCAGAGACUGCUCACCUUCUCGGAGAACCAGCAGGAGGCGCUGCGGGGCCGGGCCCUCUGGUACCAGCAGUUCCGCACCGUGGCCAGACUGCACCUGCUCAACCUGCAGCGUGAGAAGAAGUCUGUCAUCUACAUCCUGGCCCUGUUCGCCAUCUUCCUGGCCUCGGUCCUGGCACUGUCCCUUAUCACAGGGAACAUCCAGAUCCACCCCCCCGACCGGCAGUUCCUGCCCAUCUACCUGCUUCGCCGCCACCAAGCCGCCCGGAGGUACGCCACCCCCCUGCUGGUGCAGAACUCCUCAGACUCCGACAUCUCCGGGUUCAUUCACAACCUGGAGUCCCAGGACAUUAAGGUGGAGCUGAUGAGGAAUGUGGAUUAUGUGGCUGCUGCCCCGCACAGCGCCGCCAUCAAUGUGACGGGAUCAAGCAAGGCGUACGAGUACUAUCUGGCGUUCAACAGCACCACGGUGCACUCCCUGCCCAUGCUGGUGAACAUCCUCAGUAAUGCCCUCCUAAGGGGCUUCAACGGAAGCGGUCAGAUCAGCACCUGGACCAAACCCUUUGAGUUUCAAAUGCCGGACUCCAUUUCGUACACGCUGGUCUACAUCGAGGCCAUGCUGCUGGGAAUGCUCGCAGCCGGGAUGCCUGCCUACUUCGCCAUGGACCACACGCGCGACCGCGAGAUAAAGUGCCGCUCCACGCUGAGGGUCUCGGGUCUGUCCCCCUCGGCGUACUGGUGCGGCCAGGCCGCCGUGGACGUGCCCUUCUACUACCUCAUCCUGGUUUGCAUGACCAGCACCCUGUUUGCCUUCCACUCCAGCGACUUGAUCUAUUCCAAAGCGCUCGUCUCGGUGACGCUGUGCCUGAUUGGCUACUGCCUGGCCAUGGUGCUCUUCACCUACGUGGUGUCAUUCAUGUUCACCCGGGUCCAGAGUAACCGCGACUUCUUCUCCGUACUCUGCAUGAUGGUGUGCGUGGUCUCGGCCUUCGUGGUGCAGCUGUCGUCAUUCAGCGAGGGCAUGGCCGUCAUGCGGCUACUGCACAACGCCGUGUGCCUGCUGAACCCACUCUACCCUCUCAUGGGCUGCCUGAACUACAUCACCAGGACCACCUUCGCCAACGUCAGCUACGAUUACAACGGCUUCCUCAUCAACAAUCUGCUCGUCACGGUCAUGGCGCCCUACCUGCAGAGCAUUUUGCUGAUCCUGCUGCUCCGCUGGCUGGAGAUCCGAUACGGCGGCAGGACCAUGAAGAACGAUCAGCUGUGCAGGAUCUCUGGCACGUCCAGGGGGAAAAUGCAGAGGAACCCAGAGGAGUUUGAGACGGAGGAUGAGGAUGUCAGGGUGGAAAAGGCGCGAGUGAAGGAAGCCCUUACCUGCCAGCUCUGUGAGGAGAAGCCCGUGGUUGUGGUCAGCAGCCUGAGGAAGGAGUAUCACACCCGCUGGGAUGAGUUCGUGCUCAGCAAGCGACGGAAGGUGGCCAUCAAAAAUGUUUCCUUCUGCGUCCGCAAAGGCGAGGUCCUUGGGCUGCUGGGACCCAACGGGGCUGGGAAGAGCAGCAUGAUGCACAUGCUGGCUGGGGACUUGGAGCCCCUGGCUGGACAGGUGCUGAUGGGAGAUUACAGCACAGAGUACCAGCCCGUGGAGAAUCCGCUAGAGCACGUGGGCUACUGCCCCCAGGUGAACCCGCUGUGGCCCCGGAUCACCCUCCAGGAGCACCUGGAGAUCUACGCCGCCGUGAAGGGGCUCCGGGCAGACGACAUGCCGGGGGUCAUCAAGCGGAUGGUGAACGCUCUGGAGCUGAAGGAGCACCUUCACAAGCAGGCCAAGCACCUUACUGCUGGCCUCAAACGGAAGCUCUGUUUCGCUCUGAGCAUGCUGGGAAACCCGCAGAUCGUUCUCCUGGACGAGCCGUCCACUGGCAUGGAUCCCAAGUCUAAACAGCGUAUGUGGAGGGCGAUUCGUGCUGCUUUCAUGAAUAGCCAGCGGGGGGCGAUCUUGACCACACACUACAUGGAAGAAGCAGAGGCCGUGUGCGACCGGGUCGCUAUCAUGGUGUCUGGGCAGCUGAGGUGCAUUGGGUCCAUCCAGCACCUGAAAAGCAAGUACGGGCGUGGCUACAGCCUGGAGGUGAAACUGCGGGAGGAGAUGAUGGGGCUCCAGCAGGUGGCGCUGCUGCACAAGGAGAUCCGGGCGAUCUUCCCACAUGCCGCGCGCCAGGAGAGCUUCACAACCCUGAUGGUCUAUAAGAUCCCUAUGGAGGAUGUGACAUCUCUAGCCAACUCCUUUGCUCAGCUGGAGAGAGCCAAGAAAACUUUCAAUUUCGAGGAGUACAACUUCUCCCAGUCCACCUUAGAGCAGGUCUUCAUGGAGUUCACGAAGGAGCAGGAGGACGAGGAGGAUGAACACGGAUCUCAGAGCACCACCUUCCAGUGGCAGCGGCUGCAGCAGGACAGCACUUUGUCCAUCAGUCACCCCGACAGCGUCGUGAACCAGCUGUGAUCCGUCCGCCCCCCCAUCCGCCUCCCCCGAUGCUCCAAACCUGACCGCUGCCUCCCACCCUGAACUGCAUUUAAACCCUCCAGAUGGCUGGCUGGCCAUACAGGCACUGCGUACGGGUUAGGUGGGGGCAGCAUGGCGCCCUCUAGUGCCAAGGGAGUGUAUACAUGCUGGUGUUUCUGAAGCCCCCACCACCAGUUGAAGCACGGGGAUCCUCCUUUUAAAUCCCUUUUAACCGUGUAGCCCACCAGCAUCUAACUUAGCCUUUAGCCGACGAGGUGACGUCCUGUCGAGAGACACACCUAGAGGCGAUUGAUGGCGUGCAUCAUAGUCCACCUUCUUCACUGGGAGCAGAGGACCAGUCAUCUGUCUGCACUUUCACUCCAUGUCUCUUUGCCUCCAUCACUCACCAUCAGGUGGUGCUACAGCGCAUGAAACCACACGUAGACCCUGUUUCAUAAUAAGGACACUCCGACUAUGCUGGAGCUCAAUCGGACCACAGUGAAGACCACCACUAGUGUUUGCUCGUGUCUCGGACAAGUGAGCCGUGAUUCCUUAUAAAGAACAACCAGGACGUCUGACUUCUGCUCUUCAUCCUGUUCAGAAGUGCUCCUCCGAAUUCUGGUUUGAGUUGUUGAGAGCCCUUUGCCUUCAAGCGAUUUUGGCCUGUUUUCUUUAAGCCUUUUUUGUCUUUCCAGGUGAACUCUGUAGGGGGGAGUAGGGUGCACUUUUUCUUCUGGGGGGGGUUCAGCUUGUACUGUGGAGGGUGGGCUUGGCCGCUGCCCCCAUCGUCCAAGCUCCCACAGACCUUUGGGGCAGUCCCUGUGCCGCAUGCUUGCACGCGCCGAGUCUGCAUACCAGUGAUGGGUUUUGACCCUGACGGCAGCGGCAUGACACGAUCCGCCUUGGGUGGGGAGCGGCGCAUGGAUGCAGCCUGAAAGCCUGUGACCCUGCCCCCCCACCGAGGAAGCACGCUGGGCGAAUGCUAAAGGCUAACAGCGCUGAGGCUCCUGCGCAUGUAGCAUUCCGCAGCCGCAGCUAGAGACGCUGACGUGGGCUCGGUGGGGCUUUGCAUCGUCACCACAUCCUUUGGCUCCUAGCCUCCGGGCUGAGCCAUCCUCUUCUGCGGGUGUUCAUUUUCUAAGGCUUGGUUUGCUUCGAAUGUAGUAGCCAGAGAGGUUAAUGACCUUUGUGGGGUGUGUUUUUAAUGUACCGCUGCCCCGUCUCGCACCGCAGCCCCUUGCACGAUGGUCACAUGACCAGAUCUCGGGCCGCCGUGGUGUUUUGAGCGUGUGUGACUGCGUGUUGUGGUGUUGAUGUGUCGACCGAGUACAAUAUUGACAUGCGGUAUUCAAAGGGUGUCUUGGAAUGGGGAGGGGGGGGGAGGGUACAGCUUGGUAUAAGGGAUGAUUAACACAUUCCCCUUCCUUGGGGGGUUGGGGGGGGGGGGUGAACUGGCAGGCCACUGCGGCCAAACAGAAAAUAAUCAGCCUUUUUAUUUAUUAUUUGUUUUAAAUCUGGCAGCAGUGAGUGUCAUCGACAGUCACCUAGCAUGUGGAUGUACAGCAUUUGCCAGACUUGACACCCUAUUCCUAAUGGAGGGGGCAUUGAAGCCAAUCACGAGGGCCGUGUGAUGUGAUUGGUUGACCUGGUUGACAUGGGAAACAUUUGUCCUGUAAUACUGCAUUUUACACUCAUUAAUUCUUUUAUUACUACAUUUUUUUUUAUUGGGAGCUGGUGACUUGUACCAGAUUUUAACUGAUGAUUUUACAUUUGAGGUGGUUUGUAGCGACAUUUUAAUGAUGCGUCAGUGGAAUGACUUGUGCAGUACUUCAGGUCAAGUUACUUGGAGAGUCGCUAAUGCAGUUUUAUUUUUGUGGGUCUGUGGAAUGACCAUUAAUGGUCUUCCUGUCUGAUGCCACCUUUUGAGAGAUGAACCAAUCGUCUCGGUGCAGGAAAUGGCAAAUCGAGAAACGCAAACGCGGAAUAUCUCUAAUGCACAUUGUUUUUAUUUCAGAUUUUUUUAUAGGGGGCUGUGAGGAAUGAGGGUUUUUUAGAAGUUUGCAUGAGGAAUAUUACACUCAACACGACAGUUUUAUGGUUUGACACCUCCGAUAUAGUGAGUUGGGUAUAUUUGGAAAAUAUAUACAGUUUUAGUAUCAAACAUCUAAAGACGCCUGAACGUAACAGUACAGUGGAAAGUCUUUGAAACCCCACUGUGUUCAUCACAUGAAUUGUCAAGGUUUCAUUUUUUAAAAUCGCACUGCUUGUCUUCUAAGGGCUGAAUUUAAACGGUAGCUCGAUGGGAAUGGAUUUCCAUGACGUCACCCCAGUCAGAAGCUUUUUAGUGAUGUUCAGUAGCUAGCUGAUUUAAUCCAUCUGGAUUUUUCACUGCAUGUGGAUAUGUUUUGCAGUUCUGUGAGUGUUGGUGAAUCCAUUGGAAUUGUCUAGUUUUGAUCAUCUACAGAAUAAUUGUACAUUGCCCUAUUUUUAUUGAUCGAAAGCUUUCAACAGCCAUGGUUAGGGGAGGGGUUGUGAAGCUGUUACUUAUUAAUUGGUGGAACCCCCCCCCCCCCCUUUAAUAAGUGACCUCAAUGAAAUGCUUACUGGGACCUUUGCAGCAGCUGGGAAGUAAAUUAGCUUGUUACCCUCCAUAGCAGUGCUUGUUUCUAGGCAGUCUUGCUUGGACAGCCCACAUCCCGUCACACUACAGCAUUUCAGUGACAUUGAGGGUCCUGCUGUUGAUAUUUUCCCCCCGUCUUUUGGCUCAGUCAUAUUGCUUAUUUUGAGCUUUGGAUCCAUGACUGACUUCGGGACAUUUGAUUUCAGAUGCCCUAAGGCAGUAGAGCAGUCUUUCUCUGUUUAUAUAAUCACUUAUGAGCUAGGAGGUGAAUUUUUAAUUUUUUUUUGUUCUCCAAACUCAGUGCUCUGUAAAUUUAUCAGAAUGCUCAACUUGUGUUUCACUUGUCCACAGAAAAUGACUCCAGAACCAGCCAGCUGGUCUUCAGCAGAACUGAGAUGGGCAGCCAUUUUCUGUGGUUUCCUUUGCUGUGAUCACCGUUGAUAACCACUCCAGUUUUAGGGCUUUUUUAUCAUGUGAGAGAGAGCUAUAGAUCCGUACUGUCAUCCAGGGGCUCUGCGGAACUUCAUUGAGGAUUUAUCGCCCUUUAUCCAAGACCUAACCUUAGAAUAUCAGUUGUGCAUCAAUCUUUCUGUGAAGCUUCUACCUGACCAUGAACCGCUGUAGUGAUGCAUCCCAUUCCAGUCUUGUGAAGUUUAACCUUUAUUCUUCUGGCUCCCCUGCCAUCCCUUCUAGUGCCACACACACUAAAGAGCAGAUACCUGCAGUUGUGUUUUUAUUUUAUAAAUCCAAGCAGAUCAACCCACAGCUGAGCUCCAGUUAUCCUGAAGGCAUGCAUACGUUUUCCCAGGUGCUGUCCUCACUUGAGUAAAACAUUUAUUCAAUGUAGAUGUGAGAGUGUUGUGUGUGCUGAUUGCUGUAGAAGCCCAUGACUUGGAUGAAGAUGACGUUACAUUCACGAAAAGACCCAGAGAAUUCCAAUGGGUUUGCUUCCUUUUCUCUGACACUCUGUAAGCAUGUUUGCCUUUCAGUGGAGCUAAUGACUACUUAUUUGUAUAUUAUGUACCAGUCGAUGCAUUACAAGUGCUUGUAAUUGGUAAAAAGCCAGCAAAUUAAGGGUUUAUUGGAAAGAUUUUUUUAAAUCUGUAACUGGUUCAAGCCUGAUUUUCACCUGGGUGGUGGAUGCGGCUUGGUCUGGACUUGGUUGGUGUUAUUUUCGCAAAAUAUGGAUAUAAUUAAAUAUGCAAUGCAUCUUAUAUAAAUGCAUAACUAAAAUGUAACCAACAUGGAAUUCUUGCUGUAAUAGUUAUGUGAAGUUGAUUUGAGGAAAGCCAAACUCAAUGCUAUGUAUGCUCGGUGUGCUUCAUACAUACGGUAUGUUUUAUAAUACAGUGACCACCUACCCCACCCCCCGCCUGUCGCGGAAGAUGUUACACAUCCAUCAGCGAUAGGUGAAAAUCCAUGAUAUAGAAAGACCAUAUAAAUAAACAUUUUUAAAGUAGUUUAAUCCUUAAAGUGCCCCUCCCAAAUACUUUAAACACAUGUGAACUUAUUAAAGCAACACAUAUAUGUGGAUGUUGGGCUAAGGGUACGAGUAACAUAAUAUGUAAUGUAUACGUAUGUGAUUCCAUUUUAACGCUGGCUUUAAUCUGAGAAAAUGCCACCCUCUUAAUUCCUGUUUGACUAAAGGAGAUGGUGCGGUGGCUCUUACAUCAAGAAGGACGAAGAGAAUAUAUAGGGCCGUCGAUUCAUUCAAGCUAUAAUGGCGAGCGACGUCCGCGUUACGCUUCCCUUCCCGAAGCACAUCCAUGAGUUUUACCUUCUCCUGAAUGGUCAAGGUCUUCCUCUAGCGCUUAGGCUCUCUACUACCACAAGACUUAGAAGAUGCAGGAUUCUUGGGAGCCAUCGUAGGGCUUAGAACAAAAGGAAAACAAUCCGACCACAAGCAAGGUACGCGAUACGCAGAGAACUGUGACUUGGGGGAAAAAUCGUGAUAAAGCAGGGGCUCUCUCUAUUUGUGUUGUCACGGCACUAUAGCCUAUGAUAAUAUCAGUGUGUUGUGUUGCUGUGUGUCCUGCCAUCAAGUGACAUGCACUCACACACGCCUCACCAUCUGAGACUCGUUGUACUCACUUACACAGUGCCCAGUACAUGAAGCUGUAGAUAUCUGCCCAAAUCACAUCAGCUGGUCCAGACUGUAGACGGCGCGUUACGGGGAGGUACACCCUCGUCUGGUCCAGACUGUAGACGGAGCGUUACGGGGAGGUACACCCUCGUCUGGUCCAGACUGUAGACGGCGCGUUACGGGGAGGUACACCCUCGUCUGGUCCAGACUGUAGACGGAGCGUUACGGGGAGGUAUACCCUCGUCUGGUCCAGACUGUAGACGGCGCGUUACGGGGAGGUACACCCUCGUCUGGUCCAGACUGUAGACGGAGCGUUACGGGGAGGUACACCCUCUUCUGGUCCAGACUGUAGACGGAGCGUUACGGGGAGAUACACCCUCUUCUGGUCCAGACUGUAGACGGAGCGUUACGGGGAGGUACACCCUCUUCUGGUCCAGACUGUAGACGGCGCGUUACGGGGAGGUACACCCUCGUCUGGUCCAGACUGUAGACGGAGCGUUACGGGGAGGUACACCCUCUUCUGGUCCAGACUGUAGACGGAGCGUUACGGGGAGGUACACCCUCGUCUGGUCCAGACUGUAGACGGAGCGUUACGGGGAGGUACACCCUCGUCUGGUCCAGACUGUAGACGGAGCGUUACGGGGAGGUACACCCUCGUCUGGUCCAGACUGUAGACGGAGCGUUACGGGGAGGUACACCCUCUUCUGGUCCAGACUGUAGACGGCGCGUUACGGGGAGGUACACCCUCUUCUGGUCCAGACUGUAGACGGAGCGUUACGGGGAGGUACACCCUCUUCUGGUCCAGACUGUAGACGGAGCGUUACGGGGAGGUACACCCUCUUCUGGUCCAGACUGUAGACGGAGCGUUACGGGGAGGUACACCCUCUUCUGGUCCAGACUGUAGACGGAGCGUUACGGGGAGGUACACCCUCGUCUGGUCCAGACUGUAGACGGAGCGUUACGGGGAGGUACACCCUCUUCUGGUCCAGACUGUAGACGGCGCGUUACGGGGAGGUACACCCUCGUCUGGUCCAGACUAGACGGAGCGUUACGGGGAGGUACACCCUCGUCUGGUCCAGACUGUAGACGGAGCGUUACGGGGAGGUACACCCUCGUCUGGUCCAGACUGUAGACGGAGCGUUACGGGGAGGUACACCCUCUUCUGGUCCAGACUGUAGACGGAGCGUUACGGGGAGGUACACCCUCUUCUGGUCCAGACUGUAGACGGAGCGUUACGGGGAGGUACACCCUCUUCUGGUCCAGACUGUAGACGGAGCGUUACGGGGAGGUACACCCUCGUCUGGUCCAGACUGUAGACGGAGCGUUACGGGGAGGUACACCCUCUUCUGGUCCAGACUGUAGACGGCGCGUUACGGGGAGGUACACCCUCUUCUGGUCCAGACUGUAGACGGAGCGUUACGGGGAGGUACACCCUCUUCUGGUCCAGACUGUAGACGGAGCGUUACGGGGAGGUACACCCUCUUCUGGUCCAGACUGUAGACGGAGCGUUACGGGGAGGUACACCCUUGUCUGCAAAUACCAAAAUAUUCCCGUAAGAUUCCCACUUAAUAAUCAAUCUCUGUAGUUCACCAAAAAAAAAAUUGUUUUGAGACAAAUUGGACUGUUAUUGGGGGAAACUGGUUUGGCUGACCUUGAUCAAUUUCAUGUAUGAGAUUUUGUAAUUUUAUUUUUUUCCGGUCAUGGUAUCUCCUAGAUAACGUGUACACUGAUAUAUUUUUCGGAUUACUUUUAAGUUGUGUACUAUAUUUUGUUUACCUGCUCACAGUUUGUUCUGGUGACCUCUGACGUUUUAAAACCUUUGUGUGAUACAGUAAUACCUUUGAAGUAAAUAUUUGAUUAAUAAAUGCAACUACAGUUGGCUCA